AUGGCUCCUGACUUGCAGCGGUCCAAGACACCUCGAAUGGACACACUCAUCCGCCGCCACCCGUUACAGAAACUACAGUCUCCCUCACGGGGUGUGUCGGCCUUACUUCACAGCGCCGGGCUCGCGAGUUUCAGCUACAGCUUCAACUGGCUGUCGACGCACCCGAACCACAUCAACCGCGCGUACGGGUGGCAUUUCCAGUACCUGACCAUCAUCGGCCUGACGCUCGCGACCGCCACCUUCAUCCUGGGCCUGUUGGCCGACCUGACGCUGUCGCCGAGACUCUUCGCCGCCAAGAACGUGUUGAGCAUGUGCUCCGCGCCCAUGGAGGUGCUGGUCUCGACGCUCUACUGGGGCCUCCGGGCCAUCGACCCGCAACUCGUCGUGCCCAAGGAAUUGGAACUGCCUCUGCCCGCGGACGUCAGCUUCCAUUUGACCCCCUCGGCGCUCCUCCUCGUCGACCUCCUCCUCUUCAGCCCCCCCUGGACCAUCACCGUCUUACCCGCCAUCCUGCUGUCCACCGUCAUCGCCUUUCUGUACUGGUUCUGGAUCGAGCUGUGUUACUCGUACAACGGCUUCUACCCGUACCCGCUUUUCGGCAUGUUGGACCAGACUCAGCGCGCGGGUCUGUUUGGCUUGUCGGCGGUCGUCAUGGCGGGGAAUACCGUCAUGCUCAAGUGGCUUUACUCGUACCUCCAUGGGUUUCAGAAGACCGGGUCCGAGAGGCCUGGAAAGGUCAAGAAUUAA